UCAUGACAUCAAGUAAAUACUAAAUACAAAUAAAAUCUCAAUUCUCAAUUUUUCGUUCACAUUGGUGAAAUGCUUGGUAAAACGAGUAAAACAUUGAAUACCUAGUUAUUAUUUAUUCUUUUAUCUUUGCUUAGUAGACACUAGACAUUAUUUUAAUAAUAGAUACCUACAAAGUAAGUCGCAACCUAACAUUACAUUAGUAAAAUACAAAGUACUCGUAGGAAGUUAAUUGAGUAUAGUUGAGCGCGUUAAUAUUAAAUAACUCAGAAUAAUGCAUAAAUAAUGGGUGGAAAUCGCGACCGAAGUCGUCAUCGCAGCACAGAAAGACAUCGAAGCGGAAGUAGAGACAGAGGAAAGAAGGAUCAUAAGGGAGACAGAUUAAGAGCAGACAGCAGGGAACGACGACACAAAGAUAAAAGUCGCACUUGGGAGCAAGACAAAGAUGACCGCGAUAGAGGCAGGAGCUCAUACAGACAGUUCAGUGGCGGUGGAUUGGGAGGAGGUUUAGGUAGUGGAGGGCCAGCAACAAAGGGUCGGUAUAAGCCACAAGAAGAAGAAUUCUUAGAUGCAAGAAGAGAGCAGAGAGAAAGAAUUGGAGAAGUGGGAGUUUCUUCAGUAUGGGGAAAGUCACCAGUUCGGCCAGAUUAUUAUAUUGAUUACAGUUCAGAAGAAGAAGCUGAUUCAAAUAUAUCAGAGAAAAGAAAGGAUAAGAAAAAGAGUAAAAAAUCAAAGAGUUCUAAGGAUGGUACAAAAGAAAAGUUAAAAAAGUUGAAGAAAAAACUCAAGAAAAUAAAGAAAGUCAGAAAAAAGGCUAAAAAGAAAUCUAAAAGUUCUAGCAAUGAUUCCAGUUCAAGUAGUGAAGAAGAGUUGUGGGUUGAACAAGGAAAGGAAGACACUGUACAAACAAUUAUUAAUCAUAAAAAGGAUCAAGAAGAGUUGGCCACGGAGGCAUAUGGUCCAACACCAAGAGUUGGUCCAGCACUUGGUCACAAAGACUUUGGUCGAGCAUUAUUGCCUGGUGAGGGGGCGGCCAUGGCAGCCUAUGUAGCUGAGGGCAAAAGGAUUCCCAGACGAGGAGAGAUCGGACUCACUUCAGAUGAGAUUGCCUCUUAUGAGUCUGUAGGUUAUGUCAUGAGUGGAAGCAGACACCGUCGCAUGGAGGCUGUGCGUAUUCGCAAAGAAAACCAGAUCUACUCUGCUGAUGAGAAGCGAGCAUUGGCUGCCUUCAGCAAAGAGGAGCGAUCUAAAAGAGAGAAUGCGAUACUGUCGCAGUUCAGAGAAGUGUUGACCGCUAGGCAGCGAAGAGACCACACAUAACAAUUUUGUAAGGAAACAACUUGCUAUGUGGCCAUAACUCCAGAACCAUCUGGUCCUAUCCAAAGCUACAAGAAAGGAGUUCUUCAUCCUUUGAGCUGUCUAUUUCUACUAUGGAUAUACUACUAAUCUGACAUGUAAAGAAUACCCAGUCCUGUCAGUAACCAUUAGCCUUUUAAGAGGUUUAUAACUAGAGCUGUAUGGACUCACUGGCAACAAGUUGUUCUGAAAGAUAUAGAGACACAUGGACCAUGACUUUCACAAGGGAUCUAGAAUCAGAUAAACCUACACAGCCAACCCCAUUUAGAUUUGAUUAAUAUACAUGUUGUAUCAUUCACAAAAAAAAAUACAUGUUGAUAUAUUUUGUUUGAAUAAAACUGCAAUGGUAUUUUUAUAAAAA